AUGAAUAAGAUCAAGACUGGAGGUGGAGCACCUGAGUACAUACCCCCAGAUGAUAUUCUCGACCAUGUAUCUUCUUUACUAGGAAGUACAGUAAAUGGGUUCACAGUUGAGUUUGGGGGUGACGCAGAACCAGCUGAGUUCAUCAAAGAUAAUGACACAAAGGCUUUGCAUGUGCAUGAUGAGGUGGGAAUAGAGGGUGGUCAGGUAGAGGUGCCAGCUUUGUCAAUAGACAGUAAAACAUUUUCUAUAGAUAAUGCUGAUGUGGUAAUGGAACCAAUUUUGGUGGUGGAACAAGGUGGUGGAAGCACACUAGCUCAUACUCCAGAUAAACCU